AUGGGCCAGUGUCUUGAAAAAGUUCGUUCAGAGAGAGCAUUGAUGUCAUAUAAUAAUAAUAAUAACAAUAAUAAUAAUAAUCAUCAUCAUUUAUCGAUAUCAACAAAACAUAUUAAGAAAAAAGCUAAACAAGACGUAACUGAACAACAAUCAAAUCAUAUUCGUCAUUCAUAUCGACAAAUGAAUACAACAACAUCAACAACAUUAGAACCACGUCGUGAUUUACCCUUACAUAAAAUUCCCGAACUUCUCGCUAAAAUAACUGGAACAUUGUCAUCCACACUUUCAUCAUCAGAUACAAAACAAACAUCUUCUUCAUUAUUAUCUUCUUCUUCCAAUUCAACAUCAAAUAUAAUUGAUCGUCGUUUUCAAUUAUUUAAAAAAUAUUCUGAUGAUGAUGAAUUAAUGUCUGUGGAUGGUAUUCUUCGUCUUUGUAAUGAUUUAUCACUUGAACCUGAUAGUUAUGAAGUACUUUUAUUUUGUUUUGUAUGUCGUGCUAAACAAAUGUAUUCAUUAACAAAAGAUGAAUUCUUUUUGGGUCUUAAAACACUUGGUAUUCAUGGUGAUAAUUUUUCAGAACUUCGUACAAGAUUAUUUAAUUAUAAUAUAGUAUCAUAUGAAAAUGAAUUUUAUAAUUGGACAUAUCAUUAUGGUUUAGUUGAUGGACAACGUUGUUUAACAACACAAAAUGCUAUUAGUUUAUGGCGUUUAUUUUAUUUAAAAGGAAUUGAAAGACCUAAAAUACUUGAUCAAUGGUUAAAUUAUUUAGAACAAGAUAUAAAUAAUGAAAUACCUAAAACUAUAACAUGUGAUACAUGGACAAUAUUUCCACAAUUUGAAAAAUUUAUUGAAUUAAAUGGUUAUGGAGCGUAUGAUGAUAAUGAAGCUUGGCCAUGUUUAUUUGAUGGAUUUGUUGAACAUCAAUUAGAACAACAACAACAAAAAAAUUCAUCAUCGAAUUGA